AUGGAGUCGUCGUCGUCGUCGUCUACAAGCACAAGAAAACCUUGUUUCCUUGAAGACGACACUGGCCUCGCUUCCAUUACUGAAAACCACCAUUCCACCACCCAACAUCUCAUCAUCUCAAGAUCUCUUUGUUCACCAACAAGUACAAACACAAACUCUUCUUUUUCCCAACUUUCAUCUAGAAAGUUUUUUAAAAAUAUUGGGAAACUUGAAAAACAACCACAACCAUCUUAUUUCUUAGAUGCUUGUUUUCUUUGCAAAAAAACACUUGCUUGUAACAAAGAUAUCUUCAUGUAUAGAGGUGACACAGCUUUCUGUAGUGAAGAGUGUAGAACAGAACAGAUUGAUAAAGAUGAAGCCAAAGAAAACUGGAUUAAUAUUUCAGUUUCAAUGAAGAAGAAAUCUUUAGCAAGAAAGAAAGAAGUGCAAAGUGAAAAGUCAUCAAAUACUACUUCAAACAAGGCUUCCAACAAUAAUUACCCUUUUCAAUCUGGUGCACUUGCUGCUGCUUGAUUAAUUAUUUACUACUGUAAUUUCUUCCCCAAAAAAAAACCAUCUUUUUUUUUCACUGGCCAUGUGAGUUAAGGAUGAAAUGGGAGAAGAAGUGCAAGAUUUUUGUCUUAUUGAUCAAUUAGUUUGCUGAAUUGAGAUAAUGCCAUGAAUGUGUUUCAGGGAGAAAAAAAUU